AUGCCUAGAAAAGACAGGGAUGUCUGGGAGCCGCCGGAGGAUCGCAAUGCGAUGGAGGAACCUCCAUCUGCGUUUAUGCAACACUUUCAGGACCGUGCUGUGCGGGUUGGGAAGGACGGCAGUAAUGCACAGUUAGUGCGGGCGAAGCAGACGAAGCCGAUACGAUGGUCAGAUGACAGCAACAAGAAGAAUGAGGAUGGAAAUUUAAUGUCUGCACCCGUAGGGGGCUAUAAGGCAAACAUGCAUAACAAGAAGACAAUGAUGAUGCGGUUGCCGUCAAAGAAUAGACGCCAUGCUGGGGGAAUUGUGGCACCUGAUGAGCUCAAGGCGAUAUCUCCUGUGCCACGAUUGCAUGACAUCAACCUCAACAGUUGCUUGGGCGGUGACAGUAGUGCGGGUAGACAGCCAAAACGUUCCUUGGCUGCUCCUGAUGUGGAUUGCAGGGGGGUGCAUGGCGUACCGGUACCUGUAAUAGAGUUGUCACCACACACCCGUCCAGACAACCACCGUGAGACUGCCGCUGCAACUGCGGUGGUGCCGCCGCAUUCCCAGUUAUCAAACGCGUUGUCCCUUUCGACGGGUAGAAGCCAGUCAUUAGAAGUCCUCUCCGUUGAACGCGGCGAUGCGUCAGUGCCUGUGAGGGUGUUACCCAUUUCACUCGCUUUACCCAACACACUGGGAUUAGUGCAAGUGGGAAACAACCUUCGAAAACCGCUGCCGCGUCUGCUCCCACGCAGGAUCAGUGGAAGUGCUGACGAGGUGGAAGCAGUAAUGAUGCCCAGAUCGAAAAAUAAGCUUGCAUCUCCUUUGUCGUACACACAAAACAACAGCGUUGGCUAUAAUAAUUUGAGUUAUAACAGGGGGAGCAGCAACGAUGUGGUGGCGCAAAUAGAUGGCGGGACUGACUUCUCUGGUCAAUUGGGAGACGCUAGAAGUGAGCUUACAGCGAGUGGUUCUGUUGUCACUCCAAUGUAUCAGCCGAUGGGUUUAAUGGUUUUUGCCAGGCCCAGUCACGUGAAAAACAGAAAUAAAAGGUCUAACAACGCCGUGAAGAAACAACAAUCAGCUGGCGGCGCAAAAAGGCCAGUCACGGAGGAGGGUCUACGCGGAAGUUGUCAGGAGUUGCUCCGUCCCACACGAGGCAACAACCGUCUUGCAUCAGAGGAUAGAGAGUCACCCAUGUAUGCGCCAACAACAGGAAUGAGGAACCUUUCUUAUCCAAGCAGGCUUCAGCCGCUUGCGUUUCCCUUGGCACAAAGUGCAGAUGCUGCAUCCGCAACCGGCAUCGGUGCUUUGACGGAAACCAAGGAAUCCGAACUGGAGGAGGGGAAGAAAAAGGCCCCUUCGUACAAAGCGUAUAAAUUGAAGGACUACAAAGUGAUGAUGGAGCAGGUGGCGAAUCUCAAGUUGGGGGGUUUGGGGCCUGCUGACACAGACGAACAACGUCAGGCCAAAGAAAAGUUGCAGCGUCAACGUCAAUACGGUGAGUUGGCUGAAAAACAAGCUGUAAAGAAGAUACGUGAAAAGCAUCAGCAGUGGAUUCUUCUUCAAAAACAACAAUUGGAGCAGCAAGGCGAGGAAGGUGCUAUUGCCGGUGAGACACCAUCGAAGCGACAGCAGCAGCCGCCUCCCUCGGAACGAAUUCAAGCCCAAGAAAGAAGGACACGUGCGUUGGACUACGCCCGGAAUCUCCCACGACCAGCACCACCUACCAAGCGCAAAGCGCAUGAUGAGAAUAGCUCUUCGUUUUCAGAGUCUGGUUCUAUGCGCUGGCACUCACCACUGGAUGAGGCUGCAUGCCGGCGUGAACAGCGCCUGAAGGAACUGGAGGCCAGGCAUCGUAGUGACCGACAGCGAGUGGAGGCUGUCAAGCGACAGCUGGGAUAUUGA